CCUGUGAAAUCCUUGGCCCCGGUUGGCUCUCCUGCGCUGUCGGUGACGCGCGCACACGUGCACAUACGCACACUCGUAGCAGAGCAUCAUAGAGGGAGAAGUAGCGGCAGCGAAACGGUUUGGAGGGGUGGGCGACGGGCUUCGACUUUGGAUGCUUAGUCACAUCUUGCCUUGCCCAGAGAGGCGAGGGAUGGAGCGGGUAGAAGAGAAACACUGAGCGGGUCAACGGGAGACGAUACGGAAGAAAGCUGGGGGGGCUUAAUCCGGAGUAGACGAUGCUUUUUUGCCGCAGGCCCCGCCAUCGUGAAAUUGGAUACCGACUUGCGGCGGAUGGGGUGACCGAGCUUGCUGCCCCGCCGGGGAGGUCCCUUCCUUCGGACGUUGCCGGGGUGGGAGCUGCCUGUGCCCGGUUCUAAGGAAGGAAGGAUUGGCAAGAGGGAAAAUGCAGACGGAGGAGGAGACGGCCACCGCAGAAGAGCCCAUUUUGGACGAAGGGUCAGGACGAGACCAGAUAAGAGAAAAAAGACAAGAGAGAAUUGGAGCCAGCAAGACAAAAUGGGACAGACAGAGAAGGAGGGAGGGCAGGAGAGGAAUGGAAAGGAGCCGGAUGGAUUUUGGCACUGAAGUUCCCUGGAGAAAGCAAAGGCCAGUCCAACAGUCUCUGGGCUCCUCCCUGUGUCGGGAGUCCCAUUGGAAGUGCCUCCUCCUGACCCUCCUCAUGUACGGCUGCUUCGCCACACUCGCCUGGUGCGCUCUCUGUCGCGUGUCCGUUCUCAGCUCGUCCAUACCUCGCGGUGCCGACGGCGAUGCCACCUCGGCGGCCUACUAUAAUGACAUCUUGCACCUGGAGAGUCCGUGCUCUAGCGGCUACGUCUACAUCCCGCUGGCCUUCCUGGCAAUGCUGUAUGUGGUUUACUUGGUCGAGUGUUGGCACUGCUUCUCCAAGACGGCAAUGCUGGCUCAUGCCGAAUUCCAGGAAGUGUACGAGCGUGUGCAGAGACUCCAGCAGGCCACACCCUGCAUUUGGUGGAAGGCCAUCAGCUACCACUACGUGAGGAGGACCAGACAGGUGACAAGAUACCGCAACGGGGAUGCGUAUACCACCACACAGGUCUACCAUGAGCGGGUGAACACUCAUGCCUCCAGUUCAGAGUUUGACUACGCCCGUUAUGGUGUCAAAGACGUGUCGAAGGAGCUGCUGGACCUGCAGCUGCACCCUGCUGUCCGCCUCCGUUUCACCAAGUGUUUCAGCUUCUCCAGUGCACGUGCUGAAGCAGCCUACCUCACCCAGCGAGCACGCUUCUUCGGAGAGAACGAGGGGCUUGACGACUACAUGGAGGCCAGAGAGGGGAUGCACCUGAAGAACGUAGAUUUCCGUGAACACAUCCUGGCGUUCCCAGAUCCCGCCCACCAGCCCUGGUUUUCUCGGCACAGGGUCUUCUGGCUGGCUUCUGCUUUCCUCCUGUCAUGGCCGCUGCGGGUUGUGUCUGAAUAUCGCACAGCGUACGUCCACUACCACGUGGAGAAGCUGUUUGGGGAGGACGAGGACGGCGGCGGAGGAGGGGGAGUUGGCGGAGGAGGACGAGGGGACCGGGUUGAAGGAGGGACAGAGAAUGGAAUCCACCCUGGUCUAAAUGGGAGUUACAGAGCCAUCUCUCGCGUCAACACGGUGGACAUGACAGAAUUGGAGUGGCACAUUCGCUGUAACCAACAGAUGGUCCCGAGCUACUCAGAGGCCCUCCUUAUGGACUUGGACAUGAGCGUGGGGACUAACCCUACCGCGUCUACACCCAUCUCUGGUCCUACGAGCUCCACCCCGAGCCAGGGAACCAACCCGCCUCCUCUAGCUCUGCCUGUUGUCUUCAACUCGGCUUACCUUCUCCAGAGUUGCCCCCGAUGCCGGAGGACCACGUCCAGUUCCAGUCUUCCCUCCAGGCUAAGGGCCCCCAUGGGAACCACAGCCCUCCUGAACGCUACCGUGGCAGGGAUCAGGGCAGUGGGGCAGGGGGGUGGGGGUAUAGGAGGAAGGCUGGUUCUCAGUCGGAGCGGGUUCUCUCUGGGGCGACUGGGGGGAGUGCGCCAGAACAGCCUGUUUCACUCAAGAAGCAUGGGAGGUGGGCUGGGAGGAAGUAGGGAAGAUGGGGGAGGAAGUGGGGGAGGGAGCGGAGGAGGAGGUGGAGGAUUCCUUGGACUAGGUUCAAGACAGGACAACGAGGAGACCAGAGGAGUGCUAGAAGGAGAAGGGGAGGAGGAGGAAGAGGAGCAGCAGCAGCAGGAGGAGGUGACGAGGAGGGAACAGGGAAGAGAGGAGAGACGGAGAGGAGACAGAGAGAGGGACGAAGAAGCAGAGCAAGACAGUGGAGGGUUAGGCGAGGUAAGGGAGGGUGACGGGGGAGGGAGGGAACGUCCGCCUUCCUACCAGGACGCAUUCUUCUUCCCCGUCCUCAUCAUACACGGAGAGGAGAGCUGCCAUGCUGGAGACGACAUGUGACAAAGGAGAAGGUCUGGGCAGAGGCCGGGGGAGACGGAGGCCUGAACAGUGAUAUACCAACCCCAGAGAGACCAGAGGACUCAG